GAUGCUCUGACGUUCACUAUGGUUUUAAUUUCUCCGGUAAAAUCUUUUAUGCAAUAAUGUUCCAUUGAAAUGUCAAAAUUGAUCCCAGCCUAAAUCCCUGUGUCUUGUUGAAUGGUUCUCCAGGAAUAAUAGCAGUCUUGAUAUAAACUUGAUAAGUUAUUGUGCAUUGCAGGUCCUCUCCAUAAUUAUCAGAGAAGAUAAAACGUUGUCCUAUAUCUGCCGCACCAUCCUUUGGAGAUGCAAUUCUGAGCCGAUCAAGAAAAAAACUGAUCUGACCAUGAAUAGAUCAUGUAAUGCACACCAGAAGGAGAUCAGGGUGGAGAAAAGAUCUCCAGUGAUGCCGCCUCCACCAAAAAAGGUGGGAAGGCAGAGCGCAAUCGGAGUCCCUCCUGGUUUUCCACCAUUGAAUAGCUCCAUUGGGAAACGACUGGCUGCUGAGUUGAGCGCAAGAGGCAAGAAGAGCAGGCCCGUGCAGGAAUCUCAAGGAAGUAGGCCAGGUACAGCGAAGCGAGGCCAGAACCCGCUGGUUGGGUUCCUGCCAGAGGCCAAGUUCUGUCCUCGCUUCAAGCGGCAACCCUUGUGGCUCGCUCAAAAUUCUGAAGGUGUUCUGUCAGCACAUGAUCGGCAAUUUCCUGUUGAAAAUCAUCACGUUUGGGAACACAUGGUGUGUUAGGUUGGUGGUGUGGAGGAAGGGUAGAUAGGAUGAGCUCGGCGAGGACAACGACAUUGCAAACGGUGAUUCCCUGUUCUUCGCCUAUACCGUGGAUUCUUCAAUGGAGGUGGCCAUCUUCGGAAGUACUGGCUGUGAUCCGGGGCCGCAUUGAGUGCAGUUGCCUCUUGGCAUUAGACCAGGGCCGACCUUUUCUUGCUACCACGGUGAUCUAUGUUAUAACAUGCAUUCUAUUUAUAUGUGAAACUUCUGAG